GAAGUGAACACCCCACUCCUGUAGCUCUGGACUCGGAUGCUCGGCUAAGGUCCGUUUCCACGGUCACAACCAGGACUAGCAGCGGACCGGACCGAAGCGAUGCAGAUCGACACGGCUUCACGGGAUGAUGUCACCGGAGUGCAGAUCAAACUGGAGCCAGACGAUGAUGUAGAGAUCUGCUCGUAUCCUGUCCUGAAGAAGCUGUCCGUCAAACUGACUGACUGCAGGGUGUGGCUGGAGGGGCAGGACUUCCUGUCCCUGGGUAAUCGCCCUCAGCUCUGUAACUUGCGGAGUGCCACCAACAGUGGCAGAAAGAUGGCGUACUGUCCUGAGUGUCAUAAGGGGUUCUACAAGGAGGCCCACCUCGAGGCCCACCUGCGAACCCACCAAGGACAGAAACCCAACGAAUGCUGGUGCUGCGGAAAGACCUACCCGAAUCUGAUGAGCCUGGUGCUGCACCAGCAGGUCCACAACCGCAGUGAGCCAUACCACUGCCAUUACUGCAACAAGACCUUUGCACUGAAACGGGACUGGAAGACCCACCACCGAACCCACUCUGGGACAAAACCCUUCAAGUGCUGGUUCUGUGGGGAUGGAUUCAUUGAGCAGGAGCAGCUCAGCGAGCACCUGGAGGUGCACAAGGAGGAGAAGUGCUACCACUGCACAGUCUGUAACAAAAUGUUUGUGUCCUAUCAGGGCUUCAACUUCCACCGGAAUUCCCACAAGAACCCAAAACCGCUGCCAUGCUCCAAAUGCUCCAAGAGCUUCAGCAACCCCCAGAGCCUGAAGGUACACCAGGUGACCCACUCCAACACGAAGCCACACACCUGUUCCAUCUGUGGAAAGAGCUUCAAGCUUCAGAGCAGCCUACGCUGCCACGAGCGCACCCACGAGAACCUGAAAGAGUACCGCUGCACUGAGUGCGGCAAGUGUUUCUCCAGUCUGCAGGGCCUGAAGCUGCAUGACCGUACCCACACUGGCCUCAAGCCCUACAGGUGCUCCGAGUGCGGCAAGAGGUUCACACAGUCUCCCCACCUCAAGGCGCACAUGGUAACCCACACCGGAGAGAGGCCCUUCCUCUGCACUACCUGUGGUAAGAGGUUCACCCAGUCCUCCCACCUUAAGUCCCACAUCACCUUGUUCCACGUGGGCGAGAAGCCUUUCUGUUGCAAUGAUUGUGGGAAGACAUUCUCUAUCGCCCAUUAUCUGAAGAUGCACCGGCUUAGCCACACCAAGGAGAAGCAUUACCAGUGCUCGUACUGCCAGAAGUCCUUCUCCUACCACAACUCAUGGAGGGCGCAUGAGAGGAUUCACACCGGUGAGAAGCCCUUUGUCUGUCGUGACUGCGGCCGCUGCUUCACCACGUCGGGCUCACUGCUAAGCCACCAAAGGGCCAGACACACUGGAGAGCGGAGCCACUACUGCAUCACCUGUGGCGAGUUCUUCUUGACCAGCUCCCAGUUGCGUGUGCACCAGCUAGACCACACUGGAGAGCGGCCGCAUGCCUGCAGCUGUGGCAAGACCUUCAAAACCAAAGGAGUGCUCCGUUUCCACUUGAAGAGGUUCACCGAGCAUCAACCCGCCGAGUGAGCGCUGUGCUGGGUGGUGGAGACUGAGCUUAAACCCUGCCUCAGACAGCUGCAGAGCUCUGUGGACAGGACCUGCUUCCAACCAGACUGCAGUCAGAAGACUGGAGUCAGACCGGCAUCGCUGUCCUGAUGGCUCUUCCUGCUGUUCACUGACCAACAAACAGAGAGCAGCAGGCAGUUGUUAUUAGACACACUACAGUAUUCAAGAAAUGUCCUGACAAUAAGACUGAGCUGAGACUGAGCUGGGAACAAACUAGGACCAAGCUGAGACCGAACUGAGACUGAACUGAGACCGAGCUGAGACGAGCUGAGACUGAACUGAGACCGAGCU